ACUUAUCAUUUUAAUUGGCACGGCUUUUCUUUAAGGUGGCAAAUCCAUUAAGUUAUAUUACAAAACCGAGGCGGAACACACAUUUGACCAUUAGAAGACUUCAAAUGACUGCUAAUUUUUGUGUUGUGGUUUUCUAAUCGCUUAUUUGUAUUUAGUAAGAGAAUCGAGGACCUCCGCCAUUAUCAUUCUAAAAAGGCAGCACAAAGUCAGUCCAUGAACUAGUUAAUGUGCUCAAUCUUACGAAACCAUUCAUUACAAGAAUCUACAUGUAGCAUUUCAAAGACGAAUGAAGGUCUUUUACCGCUGACUUGAACAAUAAAAAAAAACGCUUCUUAUCGCUAGGACGAAGGAAAAAGGAAAACAAAGAGAUUGAGAACGAACUCCAAAAUCCACAAAGACAAUCUAAUCAAUACGUUUUGAAAGUAGCAAUUAGACAAAGAAAAUAAUAAUAAGAAAGUAACUGAAAGAGACUACGAUUAAAAGGCAAGAAGAAUUAACUGAAGACGCAAAAAAAAGGGAAAAUUUGGAUAAAAUUACAAUCAUCAACAAAAGAAAACGUGGGAAAAAGAAAAGAAAACAAAAAGGAAAAGAAGAGAUAGAAGAAUAAGAACAAGAACUUCAAGAAGAACAAGGUAUUAGAGAGAGAUGAACCAUUCAAACUACUCCAGCCUCAUGUAUUGCAGGUACGCUGAGCCCGAUACUUAUAUUACUAAAGCUAUCAAGCAUUCGAUCUUCUUAGCGUUUGGUGGAUUGGGCAUCAUUGCUAACAUUCUGUUCAUAAUACUGGCAGUAAACUACACUGCAAGAAAGAGUUUGCACUUUUUGAUCAUCAACAUGGCUCUCGCAGAUAUUAUCGUUGUUAUUUUUCAGUUUUGGAAUUACAUCGAAAAAAACAUGAUUAGCAAUGAUUACAAUAUGUGGGACGAUGUCGAUGGCAUUAUGGCGGAAGUUUACUGUAAAACAAAGGCUUUUUUUCACUUUGUUGCUAAAUCCCAGCCUCUUGUUAACCUAUUUAUCAUAAGCAUUGAACGUUAUAGGGUCACCAGACAAACUAUACAAGUAUCAAGGCCAUUAUCAAGGAAAAAACGCUUUGCAAUUAUAUCUUGUUGUUGGUUAACUCCGACGGUAAUAUUAUCAUAUCAGCCUCUUUUUUAUGAAUAUAUUAAGGAUCCCAUUUUAAAGGGCUAUUGCGAAUUAAAUUGGAAAAACAAAAUGGUAUCAAUACUACAAUCUGUCGAUUUAUUAUUUCAUGUCUUAUUAUAUAUCUUGAUGGUUUUGCUCAGCAUUUUAACCUUGCGGAGCCUGACGGUCGUGCAACCCAUUGAAAGCAGUCUUUCUGAAGAACAAAGAUUACAUCGACGAAAGCGAAUUCGAGGAACAGUGAAAAUGGUACUGUAUUCUUUGCUUCUCUUUACUUGUUGCUACGCUCCAAAUCAUAUUUUCGCGACACUGCAGGAUUUUAAACUUGUUGAUGGAAACUACUGCAUUGAUAGACGAACAUUUAGAUUUAUAACAUGGAGCGUUUUUCCUCUUGUCAACGCCUUGUUUAGUCCUUGUAUAUACUGUGUCUGUCUGACUGACUUCCGUGAUGGGGCCAGGAAGAUGCUGUGCUGUACAAGAAACGCAUCUGCUGCCAGAGAAAACGUUAUGCCAAGGGCUGGUCGUAUUCAAUCAACUCGCAUGUGAUAGUAUACUUUAUAAAAUUUUUGAUAUAU